GCAUACCAGAUCCCGGAGAACCGGGUUGUCUUUGUAUUCCAAAGGCUUGGAGGUGAUAGCUUAGCCUUCAACUCGUUGUUCCAAUGUGUUAAGAAGCUCCUCUUGGAGGGAGAUGCUGAGCAGCCAGCCCCCGUGAGCUUGCCUGCGCCUUCAGUUUCACAAAAGGACCCUCAAUCCGACCUGCAAUCAGACAUGCAAGCAGACCUACUCACGCCCGUGAUCGAUGCCGCCCACAGAGCCGAGGACACCCAAGCACAGGCGGAGGCUGCAGCUACCAUGGCAGCUGCAACCGACCCCAAG